AUGUCCGCCACAGAGACCAUUUCGGCUCCGCCAGCCACCGAGACACCGCCCGUUCAGGCGGCCGCCGAGACGUCUGUCGAAUACAAAGAGGGACAAUACAAAUACGCCGCCUACCUGCCGCACUAUACGCUCGUCAAGGAGCCCGCGCUCCAAGAGUUUGUGCACCACGACGUCGGCCUGCGCGCCGACCCGGCCAAGAAGGCGCUGCUCGUCGACAGCGGCGCCACGUUUGCCGAGAUCACGCCGGCCAUCGGCACCGACGUGCGCGGCGGGCGUGACGGCAAGCCGCUGCAGCUCAGUGCGCUGACGCUGGCGCAGCUCGACGAGGUGGCGCUGCUCGCGGCGGAGCGCGGCGUGGUCGUGUUCCACGAGCAGGACUUUGCCGACAUUGGGCCGGAGCGCCAGGUCGCGUACGGGCAGCACUUUGGCCGGCUGCACGUGCACCAGAUGGGCGGCCACAUCAAGGACUACCCGGCGCUGCUGCCGGUGUACCGCGACUUUGUGGCCGGCGCCGUCGACCCCGAGAUCGCCAACAACACCAGCAGCAUCAAGUGGCACUCGGACAUGAGCUACGAGGUCAACGGCGUCGGCACCACGACGUUCCUGGCGCUCGACACGCCCGCCUCGGGCGGCGACACGCUGUACCUGUCGACGACGGCCGCCUACAACGCGCUCUCGCCGGCGUUCCGCGCCUUCUUGCACGGCAAGUACGCCGUGCACUCGGGCGCCUCGCAGGCCGCCGUCCACGAGCACCGCGACCGCUACAUCCGCGAGCCCAUCGAGACGCUGCACCCCGUCGUGCGCACCCACCCGGUCACCGGCGCCCGCUCGCUGUACGUCAACCGCCUGUACACGCGGCGCAUCCACGGCCUCAAGGCGGAGGAGAGCGCCGCGGUCCUCGCCUUUCUGUACAACCACAUCGAGCACGGCCAGGACUGGCACAUGCGCGUGCACUGGACGCCCGGCACCGUCAUCGUCUACGACAACCGCAACACGCAGCACUCCGCUCUUCGCGAUUUUGCCGUCCAGGAAGGCGUCACGCGCCGCCACAUGCUGCGCAUCACGCCCCAGGCCGAGCGGCCCUAUUUUGAUGCCGAGGACACGAAGGACGAGGCGGCAAAGGGAGACGGCGGCGUGGUGGCCACCUUGACCAUAGCACAGGAGUAA